AUGACUGUUUCUUAUAACCUCGAUCUCUCCAAUGCUUCCCUGAUUUCAUUUGUUAAGUUGCAACUCCGGUGGCGAGGUUCAAUUUGGAAAUGCGUUUUCAAGGAGCUACUGAUGUUUUCGAUUUUCUUCGCUGCUUUGACUGUUACAUAUCGUUCUGACUAUAUACUAACAAAUAAACAAAGGAUAUUGUGGGAUGAUUUUGCUGCUUUGUUCGAUCAGAAGCUCGACUAUAUACCUUUAACUUUUAUGCUUGGUUUCUUCGUAACUAUUAUUGUUGGUCGCUGGAAUGAUAUAUUUCUGAACAUGGGAUGGAUCGACAACAUUGCUCUUGCUACAGCUACAUACAUGAGAGGUAGUGAUGAAAAAAGCCGCGUUCUGAGGCGUAAUAUCAUUCGCUAUAUGGUUUUGACACAGGUCCUCUUAUUACGAGAUGUAAGCAUGCAAGUACGACGUCGUUUUCCAUCGCUAGAAACCAUCGUAGCGUCUGGAUUUAUGCUCGAAUGUGAGCUCACUAAGUACAACGAAUGCUCUCAAAAAUUCUCCAAAUAUUUUUUACCUGUUCAAUGGUGUUUCACGUUAUUAUACGAAGCAAGGCAAUCUGGAAAAAUAGCAUGCGAUUUGAUGUUGAACGAAAUCAUCAAGCAUAUUACUGAUUUCCGCAAAGGACUAGCUCAGAUCAGUAAUUUUGAUUGGGUUCCGAUACCACUUGUUUACCCACAGGUUGUUUUUCUUGCUGUCCGCUCCUACUUCUUCGUUUCGCUCAUAGCUCGGCAAUCUAUACUUAUUGAUGGCGAAAAACCGAAGCAUGAUAGCUUGCUUUUACCGUUCAUCCCAUUUAUAAUGACUGCUCUGCAAUUUAUUUUUUAUGUUGGCUGGAUGAAGGUAGCCGAAAGUUUGAUGAAUCCACUAGGAGAAGACGAUGACGAUUUUGAGUUGAACUUUCUUGUUGAUAGAAAUUUAUCGGUUGGAUUAACGAUUGUUGAUGAUAAUUUUAAUGAAGCGCCUAGCCAACAGAAAGAUAUUUUCUGGAGUCGAGAAAGUAUUGAGCCGUUGUAUUCUGCCGAUGCUGCAGUGAAACCUGUGAAUCCACAGAUAGGAUCAGCUUCACAAUACGAACCACAAGAAGAUGAAAUAAUGAUGAUGAAGCAUGUCAAUGCUGAAGACGGAAUAGGAGAUGAUUUUUCGCUCAAUGAUAAUAAUAUCGAGGGGAACAAUCUCCUACAGCGUGGUGUGUCAAUAGUGUCUGUAAAUCGUCAAUGUGGUAGCAGAACUAGUUUGGGAAGUAGAACCAAAACUGGGAUAUUGGACACAUUGAAGAGACAGUUCAGUCGAGAUGGUAGAAAGCUUUCGAGACCCACACGCCUCACUAACUCACAAUUUUCUUUGAAUAAUGAACUGAAGCCAUCGUUUGAAGUCACAUCUGAAAGUUCUACCGAUAUACUACGAGAGAUCGCAGACGAAUCUAGUAGAAAUCAUACGUUAUUAACACCAGAAGGAGACCUUAUAUCGCCUUCCCGUCGACCAUCACCCGUAAACGAUGUUAUAUUAACGUCCGUUCCUGAAGAGGAUGAAGAAAGUCAGAGAACAAGAACAUCGCAUGAUUUACACAAAUGGAAGAAAAUGAUGGAUAAUAAGAAAAACUAA